UUGUGGCCAUGGCUGCCAAAGGCUCCAGUGUGGUGAGGCGAGUGGAGCAGCUCGGAGACCUGGCUCAGGCCCACAUACAGCAGCUCAGCGAGGCGGCCGGCGAAGAUGAUCACUUUUUAAUUCGGGCCUCUGCAGCUCUAGAAAAAUUGAAACUCUUAUGUGAAGACAAAGACUGUUCAAAUCCAUCAAACCUCCUCAAACUUUACACACAGGCUAUUUUGGACAUGACAUACUUUGAGGAGAACAAGCUAGUAGAUGAAGAUUUCCCUGAAGACUCUUCGCAGAAAGUAAAAAAGCUGAUCACUUUUCUUUCAGAACCAGAAAUUUUAGUUAAAGAAAAUAACAUGAACCCCAAACACAGCGCUCUGCUAGGGGACGAGCUCCUGGAGUGUCUCUCGUGGCGAAGAGGAGCCCUGCUUUACAUGUACUGUCAUUCUCUGACCAAAAGGAGAGAGUGGCUCACCAGAAAGUCGAGCUUGCUUAAAGAGUACCUUGUUGAUGGAAUCAGUUACUUGCUACAGAUGCUAAAUUAUCCGUGUCCUACCCAAUUAAAUGAAGACGUUUCUUUCCAAGACCUAGACACAGCUAAGUUACUGAGUGAAGGCAUAUUCAGCAACAUCCACCUGCUGGCCAUGAUGUACAGUGGAGAGAUGUGUUACUGGGGGCUGAAGCACUGCGGGUCGCAGCCCGGAGACCAGGAGGUGGGCACCAGCGUUUCUGGAGCGAGCCACAUGACACACAAGGAACCCUUGGACUUCCGAGAAGUGGGAGAAAAAAUUUUGAAGAAGUAUGUAUCUGUGUGUGAAGGACCCCUGAAGGAACAAGGAUGGAAUACAACAAAUGCAAAACAAGUUUUAAACUUCUUUCAGCAUCGCUCUAACUAGUAAGUUCACCUGGUCUUUUUCAAACAAAAUCAGAAAGACCCAUGAAAUGGAAACGUUCCAGAAAAGAAGAUGCGUUGACAAUGAACUUAAGAAUGUCACACUACAUACAGAUGUCCAGUGUGCUGACCCUUUUCGAAAUGCUACCACCGUGCUUCCUUAUAUAUUCGUAAAUGUAUGAAGGAACAGUUCUUUCACUUCUAAAAUGGCAUGUGUGUUAUCUUAACUCAGCCUGAACUGCAGAUGUCCUGUAACUAAUACUAAGGAGGAACCCAGUUCACCUUUGCAAAGACUUUUUUCUGUUACUUCAGAUUUUUUUUAUUGUGGUAAAAUACAACAAAAUUGACCAUUUUUACUAUCUUUAGAUUAUUUUUCUAUCUCUGUACCAUGAAGCCUACUAUGCUUCAUAGGGUUAAAAUCAAGUAACCUCAUUGAUUUA